UGAGAAGUGAAGAAGAAGAAGCUACACACACACACAUACACGUUUACAGGUGAAGUUUGAUGCAUUUGGGACAAUCUUCGCUUGCUUGAUUACAUAAGAUGUCUUCACUCCUCAAGGUGGACAAUGAGAUUAAAACCAAGGUUGAUGCUUUCAGGGAACGUAUCACUGCAGAGGCGGAGGAUCUAGUCGCAAAUUUUUUCCCAAAGAAAUUACUGGAACUUGAUCAUUUCCUAAAGGAUCCAAUCAUAAAUAUCACCGAACUGAAGGAGAUUCACUCGGAGAUCAACCUGACAGUGCCAGACCCCAUCCUGCUCUCAAACCUCCAUGACGGACUAGAAGCGCAAAAUGCCAAAAAGCGAAAGCUGGAGGAUGGAGGUGGGGAGGACAAGGUGACUGGCACCAAGGUCUUCGUCAUGCCUGGUGGGAUGAUGAAGAGCAACGCAAACCUUGUCGAUCUCAUUGAAAAGGUUAAACCAGAGAUCAGGACGCUCAUAGAGAAAUGUAACACAGUCAAAAUGUGGGUUCAGCUGCUUAUCCCCAGGAUAGAAGAUGGCAACAAUUUUGGUGUUUCAAUCCAGGAGGAGACGGUCGCUGAGCUCAGAACAGUUGAAGGAGAGGCAGCUUCUUACCUCGACCAGAUAUCAAGAUACUACAUCACAAGGGCAAAGCUGGUUUCUAAAAUAGCAAAAUAUCCACAUGUGGAGGACUAUCGGCGCACAGUAACAGAGAUUGAUGAAAAGGAAUACAUCAGUCUGAAGAUCAUAGUUUCGGAGCUCAGAAAUCAAUACGUAACGUUACAUGACAUGAUCCUGAAGAACAUUGAGAAGAUCAAGAGGCCUCGAAGCAGUAAUGCCGACGCGUUGUACUGAUGUUCAUCCAGCCAUCAGAGCCUCCACCACCCUCUCAUAUCCGCCCCCACCCCCCGUCUCCCUGCCAUAGCUGUUGAGCUACAGUAGCCUGGCCCUCGUCCAUGGGACUACAACUAGACAUUCACCUACUUCAGUACAAUCAAUACAGUCCAGUACAAAAAAACAUAGCUUCCAUAGAUGGACACAACGCACAUGGUUUUUGUUUUAAUUGUAAAAUAUUUUUUUUCCUGUUUUAAAACCCUUUUUGAAAACAUAAUUAUUCUCUCGAAAAGUUGAGAGACGGAUCAUAGAUGACAAAAAGCGUUAUGUAUUUUUUAAUUUUAAUUAAACAUUUUGUCCUCAGAUCUUUUUGUGAAAUGGUUUCAUUUAUAGCGCUUAAAGAAAAUUCAAAGCAGGUUGGUUGGCUUCAUGUUCACUGCUUCACGAAUGUUACUUUUUACAUUUUUAAUCAAGUCUUGAGACACCAGCUCCAUCUGGUCGUUUACAGGCUACACAACAAGAAGGCUCUUUUUUUUCCCACUGAAUGUUAUACAUUACAUGGUAGUGAUAGUAGUAAUAAAUAUGAAUAUUAAACAGGUGUUACCACAUAGGUUUAGUGGUUUUCAGAGAAAAU